AUGCCUUCAACUCAUAAUAGAGAUAAACCAUGGGAUACUCCAGAUAUUGAUAAAUGGAAAUUAGAAGAAUUUAAACCUGAAGAUAAUGUUUCAGGUCAACCAUUUGCAGAAGAAUCCUCAUUUAUGACAUUAUUCCCAAAAUAUCGUGAAGUUUAUUUAAAACAAAUUUGGCCAGAUGUUACUAAAGCUCUUGAUAAACAUCAUAUUGCAUGUACUUUAGAUCUUGUGGAAGGUGCUAUGUCUGUUAAAACUACAAGAAAAACUUUUGAUCCUGCUAUUAUUUUAAAAGCUAGAGAUUUAAUUAAAUUAUUGGCACGUUCAGUACCUUUCCCACAAGCUGUUAAGAUUUUACAAGAUGAUAUAGCGUGUGAUGUUAUUAAAAUUGGUAAUUUUGUUACAAAUAAAGAUAGAUUCACCAAAAGAAGACAAAGAUUAGUUGGACCAAGUGGUAAUACAUUAAAAGCUUUAGAAUUAUUAACAAAAUGUUAUAUCUUGGUACAAGGUAAUACUGUUAGUGCAAUGGGUCCAUUCAGAGGUUUAAAAGAAGUUAGAAGAGUUGUUGAAGAUUGUAUGAAAAACAUUCAUCCUAUUUAUCAUAUUAAAGAAUUAAUGAUUAAAAGAGAACUACAGAAAAAACCUGAAUUAGCAAAUGAAGAUUGGAGUAGAUAUUUACCACAAUUCAAGAAGAAAAAUGUUGCUAGAAAGAAACCUAAACAAGUUCGUGAUGAUCAAGAAAAGAAGAAAGAAAAGAAAGUUUAUACUCCAUUCCCACCUGCUCAAUUACCUAGAAAAGUUGAUUUACAAAUUGAAAGUGGUGAAUAUUUCCUUAAUAAAAAAGAAAAAAGAGUUAAAGAAUUACAAGCUAAGAAAGAAAAACAAGAAGAACAUAAGAUCACAAGAGAUGAAGAAAGAGCCAAAGAUUAUGUGGCUCCUGAAGAAGAUAAAUAUGAAAAUCCUCUUUUGAAAGAGAAGAAAUCUAAAAAAUCUAAAAAAAGAUCAAGUGAUGAUGCUGAUGAAGAUGGUGAAAAAAAGAAAAAGAAAAAGAAGUCUAAACAUGCUGAUGAAUAG